UGAUUUUUCCUCCUAAAAAACUUUAUUUUUUACACUCGGACCAUACCAGCCAAGACAAGCUAAGCCACCAUAGCCAAUUUCUUACAAGUAAAAUCCUCUAAAGCUAAGCGCAAUGGGACCCCCCUCAAGGUGGGCGAGAGCUUUACGCUACUAGACGCGACUUUAAGAAAUAGGAGGUGAUCGCUUUGCUUUACUUCACUGGUCGCUUUCCUUUGAAUUGCGACAUGGAAAAUGAAUGAAUCUCGCAAUCAGUCUUGUUCACGACACAAGUUUGAUCCAAUCCAUCCAUUCCAAGGUACCUCCACUGCAUAAUCUCCAUAGUUUAGAUUAGCGAAAGAGAGAGAGAGAGAGAGAGAGAGCUCUAAACAACACAUUUAUGGAUCUUCCGGACAAGCUUAUGAGCGCUGGGACACACUACCAGUAGGCUAUACCAGAAAGAAGAAAAGAAGAAAAGGAAAAAGAGAGGCUUACAGAGUGUGUACUUGAGCUUACCCUGUAGGAGUAGCUCGUCGUUGGCGAUCUCUCAUGUUGGAUCGAUCGCUUGGCUCGAUCCGGUCAGCCUCUGGAAGUAGAACAAUCCAUGGAUACUGCUACGGCACUCUUGAGCCCGACUUCGUCCGCAGAUGGCGUCUCCUCGGCUUCCCUCAUGAUGAUCGCCCAGCAGUUCUUCCAGCACCAGUCCAUCCAGCACCACCAGGAGAGUGAUGAUCUGCUGCUGCUGCCAUCGCUACCGCUCCACCAGCAACAGCAGCCCAGCAUGAAUCUCAUGAGCUGCUGGAACAUGAUCAAUCAGCAGCAGCAGCAAGGAUGCGAGCAAACACCAAUUCAGCUCACCCAGUGUGGCAGCGUCGUGGAAGAGGAUGUCACGGCCUACUUGGAUGGAUUCACGCCCCCUGCGACGCCACCACACCAGGAAGAUCAUCAGAAGAAUCACCCAAAGCCGCAGCAGCAAGAGCAACAGCCAGACGAUUGGAUGGAGUACCUGAUGAUGAGCAGUUGCAUCAGCGAUGGAGCGGCAGCUGUAGCCGAGCACCACCCCUCGGAAUCCUCGCACAGCUCCGAGCUCUUCAGCCCGGACGACAUCUGGAGGGAGCACUUCGGCCUAAAUCUCAUGUCGAGUAGCUGCUGCUCCAGCGAUCAACAGCAGUGGGAUAUCAGCAGCUUUACCACCGGCCCCGCCACCACGACCACGACCACCACCACCGGAGGAGACGAACACCUCGCCGCGAAUCCACAACACGUAAGUACUACCACUGUCAAUCUUCGUAGCCAGCACCACCAGGAGCAGCAGCAAGAUCGAGGAGGAGCCUUGGAGCAGCUCGUCCAGCUGCUGGUGUCGUGCCUGGACGACAUGGAGAGCGGCCAAGCAUCCUCGGCGAUGGACAAGCUCGCCACUCUCAAGGCCAUGGCGAGCUCAUCCGGGAACGCUGUGGAGAAGUGUGCGUGGUACUUCUCCUCUGGACUGGAAGCUCGGCUCCACAGAAGAGGUGGCAAUGAUCACAGCGAUGGCGACGACGACGAAGAAGAAGAAUCGCCCUCCUCCUCGCCCAACAAGGCCGAAGCCAUAGCCAUGGCGUACAAGACCCUGACCGAUGCCUGCCCCUAUCUCAAGUUCGCGCAUCUCACCGCCAACCAGGCGCUGCUCGAGGCCACCGAUGGAGCUCCCAAGAUCCACAUUGUCGACUACGGCACCAUGCAAGGCGUCCAGUGGGCGGCAUUCCUCCAGGCAUUCGCGACAUGGCCGGCCAAGAACCCUAGCCCCCGGUCGCUGCGAAUCACCGGGAUUCCCAGCCCCCACCUCGGAUCCAACCCCGCCCCGGCGAUGCUCGCCACGCAGCGCCGCCUCACCGAUUUCGCCAAGCUCCUGGGCGUGGAUUUCCAGUUCUGCCCCAUCCUGGAGCCCAUCCGCGACUUCCAGCCCUCGCAAUCCCUGCGCACCGAUCCCGACGAGGUCGUGGCCGUGAACUUCGUGCUCCAGCUCGCGCAGCUCCCCGCCCCGGCGCUCAAGCGCGCCUUCUCCCUCGUCCAGCGAUUAAACCCUAGGAUCGUCACGGUGGCCGAGUACGAGGCCAACAACGGCGCUAGCCUGCGCGAUCAGCUGGCCAGCAACGCGCGAUUCUACUCCUCGGUCUUCGAAUCGCUGGACGUGGCGCUGCCGGGCGAUGAUGCACAGCGCAUCACCGCCGAGAGGCUCUUCUUCGGCAGAGAGAUCACCAAGAGCCUGGUGGAGGGAACGAAUUGCGAGUGCCCGGAGAAGCAGCGCGAGUGGCAGCGAUGCAUCGAUGGCGCGGGGCUGUGGAGCGCGGCGCUGAGCCACUACACGGUGAGCCAGGCGCGAUUGCUCCUCUGGCUCUACAACAAGAGUGAGAAUUUCACGCUGCUCCAAGGGCCUGGGAGCUUGUCUCUCGGCUGGCUUGGCACCUCCAUCGUCACCGUCUCGGCAUGGCACUGCUAGCUAGGCAAUUCUUCCUUCUUCUUCCAUCUCCUUCCAUCUCCUUCCAUCACUCCAUCGCCAUGCCAAGGACGUGUAUAUGCACUCUUUACUUACACCUCUCCAAUUCCUUCUUCCACUGGGCAUCUGGGAAAGGAUUUUUACAAUGUAUUCGAUCGACUGACAAUGGAUCACGAACUAAUUAGAAUCA